AUGAUGUUCUACCUUUCCGAGCUAACCUCUCAUCUAAAGAGACCUGAAUCAUUAUUCCUCACCCUUGCUGACGCGAGGGGAGAGCCCCCGAGGAUCUUCGAGAAGAGGCUUCAGUGGCUUCAAAAGCAAGAAGGCGGUCACUCAUACAGUCGGUGUCGUGAUUCAGCACGAAAAUCGGCCCGGGUUCACCGGUACCUUGUGCUCCCCUUCAUCCUUAUCUUUCAACCCUUCUUCCCUUCCCCACAAGCAUGCAUGAUGCAUGAUGCAUCAGCUGAGAUGUAA